AUGGAUAUAGUCGAUGAUUCUAGUGGGCACUCGCAAAUAAAUACGCGCAUAAAAGCAGCGAGUUUGUGGCUGCUGGCACUAUUCAAGUUGGUGCCAACAACCCGUAAGCUAAGAUCAACAUUCAUCCGUGUAGCUGAUAUGCAUGGUUCGAGAGUGAUGCAGCAUGAAUCGUCGUCGUCGUCUAUCUUUUCAACUGGGCUUCAUCAUCUACGACGAACAAUGUUGUCAGUUGUUGAGGCUGCUCAAGCAUUAUUCAGUUGGAUGUCGUCGUAUGCAGCAUCACCAAGCAUCAUGCAUGCUCUAUGUCGUCGUUCUCCAAUCGAUAUCAGCACCACAUAA